AUGGACACCGCCCAAUUCGCCGGCACUGCCAACCCUCCGUCGUCCUCCCACCCCGACUCCGCCGCCGCCGCCGCCGCUUCCUCCAAUGCACGAUAUGCCGACAACCACAUAGCUGCACUGCACAACUCUAACGCCUCCGCCGGCGUCCUCGCCCAGAGUCAGCCAACUCAGCAACCGCGCGAACUACCCACCACUCCUUCCACCGCUGCUGCCGCUCAGUUCGAUCCCGCAUACCACCACUCCCCCUCCAUUGCCUCCAGGGCGGCGUCUAUGAGCCUCUCCACCCCGACGUCAGGUUCGAACGCGCGCCUGCGGAAUACCACCACCAUGGACUACAAUGGCAGCGACAUGGACGUCGAUAUGGAUGCCGAUCCGUUCAACAAGCAGAAGUAUACACGGCCCGCCAAUACGAGCAGGCUGUCGUCGCAAUAUCUGCCCACACACCCGCAAGAGGAUCCCAAUACGAGGCAAUCGCGCUACUCACCCAUGAACACCUCUCCCACCUUUCUGUCCAGCCCGCCGCAACCACAACCACAACAACAACAGCAACAACCACAGUCCGGCUACACUUCAUAUACACCCCAGCAAUCCGCUAGACAGAGUCCCAGCCGGCAGAGCCAGUACGCUUCGCCCACGCAGCAGAGGUACUACGCUUCCCCGCCAUCUUCUGCUCGCGCACACAAUGCGCAGCUGCCCCCUCUGCAGCCCACCAUGUCGCCCAAUGCGUACUACCCCCAGUCUGCCACGCAGCAGCUGAACGCAGUUUUCGGGAAUGAGAUGGAGCCGCAGAAACAGCCGCUGUCGCAGCAGAGCUCUCACACCUUCUCGUCAGCGCAACCUGACGUGGUACCUCAACUCACGAGGGUCCAUUCCGUGAAUGAUCUCGAGCCUCGGAUCAACGCCCAACCACCUUUCCGGAGAGCAGCGCCGGAAGGAGGCUUCAUUAGCCCUCUACAAGCGCUCACGAGCCAUCUCCCUGCGACCUACCGAAUAUGCAACCCUACAUUUCAGUAUGAGUCGUCACGGAACCCGCGAAGAGUGUUGACGAAGCCAAGCAAGGGUACCAAGAACGAUGGGUUUGACAACGAGGAUAGCGAUUACAUCCUCUACGUCAACGAUAUUCUGGGCUCGGAGGAGACGAAUCACAAGAACAGAUAUCUUAUUCUUGACGUGCUGGGUCAAGGAACAUUCGGACAGGUGGUCAAGUGUCAAAAUCUCAAGACGCAAGAGGUGGUAGCUGUGAAGGUGGUCAAGAACAAGACUGCAUAUUUCAACCAGAGCAUGAUGGAGGUGUCGGUGCUGGAUCUGCUGAACGGAAGGAUGGAUAAGAAUGAUGACCAUCACAUUCUACGACUGAAGGAUACCUUCAUCCACAGACAGCAUCUUUGUCUGGUCUUUGAGUUGCUGUCGGUGAAUUUGUACGAGCUGAUCAAGCAGAAUCAGUUCCGGGGUCUGAGCACCACACUGGUGCGCGUUUUUGCACAACAGCUGCUGAACGGGCUAUGUUUGCUCAGCAAGGCGAAGUUGAUCCAUUGCGAUUUGAAGCCGGAAAACAUUCUGCUGAAGAAGUGAGUCCAUGAGAAGCUGCGUAUGGAAGACCAGACUGACAGUUUUGCGCAGCCUUGAAAGUCCAAUCAUCAAGAUUAUCGACUUUGGAUCCGCGUGCGACGAACGACAAACCGUAUACACGUACAUCCAGUCACGCUUCUACCGAUCUCCCGAGGUAUUGCUGGGUCUGCCCUACUCGGCCGCAAUCGAUAUGUGGUCACUGGGAUGCAUUGUUGUCGAGCUCUUUCUUGGCCUGCCGCUCUUCCCUGGAUCAUCAGAAUACAACCAAGUUUCAAGAAUAACGGAGAUGCUGGGACUACCACCGAAUUGGAUGCUCGAAGUGGGCAAGCAGUCCGGCGAGUUCUUUGAAAAGGUUCACGACGAGUUUGGGCGUAGGACGUACCGACUCAAGUCGAUGGAGCAGUACUCUCGUGAGCACGGCACGAAAGAGCAGCCCAGCAAAAAGUAUUUCCAGCAGACACGAUUGCCGGACAUCAUUCGGGCCUAUCCGAUGCCGAGGAAGGGCAUGAAACAGAAUGAGAUCGAGCGAGGUGCGUUGGUAGACGUGGCGUUUGUGACAUGUGACCGACGCUGACAUGCUUUAGAAAUGGCAAACCGGGAGGCGUUCAUCGAUUUCGUCCACGGCCUGCUUAACAUCAACCCCCUUGAGCGCUGGACGCCUCACCAAGCCCGAACACAUCCCUUCAUCACACAACAGAAAUUCACUGGACCUUUCCAGCCUUCGAUGACCCUCAAGACCACCAGUCGCUCGCCCGCCCCAGGCGUUCAGCAACAGCAGCAAGCCGAAGCACUCUCGCGACAAAGAGCGCAGCAGGCACAGGCCGCUCAAGUACAGCAAGCUGCCAAUAGUGCUUACGGAAACAUGCACAUGUCGCCAGGCUAUCCUACGAGCCCACAUGCACAACAACAGAUGGCGCAGGCUCAGGCGCAAGCACAGGCUCAAGCUCAGGCACAAGCUCAGGCUGCGGCCUAUCAGAACAUGUACAGCCCCAGUCACCAGGGCGCACCUCCGCCAUACCCUUCGAACCCGCCCUCGGCCUCGGCGUAUGGACAGCAAGUGCCGAUGAUCCAACAACCUCCACCAGCAGCUUCGAUGCAUCCGUACGCGCAGCCACAGCAGCCGAAUUUGUAUGCUCAAGCUACGACACGAGCAGGAAGACAACGAGCGAGCACGAUGGAUGGCAAUGGCAUUCCACCGGCAUUGCAGCGAGUAGUCAGCCACCUGGACCCCAACGCGCCCAUUAGACUACAGCCCAGCCCGGCUUAUUACCCGCCGACUCAGGAUGGGCAACCACAAUCUGAAGUGGCUAUUGGCAGUCGAAGACGGACCAGCAGAGCAGGCGGAAGCAGCCGACAUGGUGCCGCUCAGGAUCGCAACUUCGUCAGGAUGCUCGAAGACCGGACGUUGGAGGAAGGAUGGAGUGGAGGGAAUGGAUGGCCUGGUGCUUGA